AGUACUCUGGGCCAAAAUACAUCCUUUUGAGCUAGCUAGUUAACGUGAGUUAGAGCUUGUACUACAAUUUUGGAAUUGGAGACUUAUUUUAUCUGAUAACUGACUCAGCAAGCAAGCGUCCGUCAUGUCUAUGUCCCAUCUCUAUGGGAGGAGGGCAGGGGAGGAAGAGGACGGGGUUGAGUUUGAGAGCUUCGAGGUGACGGAUUGGGACCUGGCUAAUGAAUUUAACCCAGAACGCCGCAGACAUAAACAGACGAAGGAGGACACCAUUUACGGAGUAUGGGCUGAGAGAGACUCCGAUGACGAGAGACCCAGCUUUGGGGGAAAGAGGUCCAAGGACUACACCGCCCCAGUGAGUUUUGUGAGUGCGGGGCUUAGGAAGCCUGCGGCUGAGGAGAAGACCCAGCAGCCGAGAGAAGGAGGAAGCUCGGAUUACUCCGACGACGAUGACGACCCGCCCCCCGCGCCGGCCCCUCCCCCCUCCCGUGUCACCGCCCCCAAGAAACUGCAGACGGGAGGUAACUUCCGAGUCAACCAAUCCCAGAGGACGUUCGCGGCCGGUAUCCGGGCAGGACAGGACAUUGGCACCUGGGAAAAACACACGCGCGGGAUUGGACAGAAACUCCUCCAGAAGAUGGGAUAUGUACAGGGGAAAGGACUUGGCAAAAAUGCCCAAGGUAUCGUGACCCCCAUUGAGGCCAAGGUGCGGAAGGGGAAGGGGGCAGUGGGUGCCUACGGCAACGAGCGAACCCAGCAGAGCCUUCAGGACUUCCCCGUGGUGGACUCUGAGGAGGAGGAGGAGAAGGAGUUCCAGAAGGAGCUUGGCCAAUGGCGUCGAGAUCCAGGAGGCGCGGGGGGCAAGAAGAAGCCCAAGUACUCCUACAGGACUGUGGAGGAGCUGAAGGCUAAAGGCAAGCUGGUUGGACGGAGCACGCACACGCCCGCCGGAGAGCUGGCCCAAGUGAAGGUGAUCGACAUGACUGGCAGGGAGCAGAAGGUGUACUACAGCUACAGCCAGAUGACCAACAAGCACAGCGUUCCCGAGGAGGCGCCGCUGAGCAUGUCCGCCCGCGACCAGAAGCCCUCCGGCUUCGCCCUCCCCGAGCUGGAGCACAACCUGCAGCUGCUCAUCGACCUGACGGAGCAGGACAUCCUGCGGUCGGCGAGGCGUCUGCAGCACGAGCGCGACGUGGUGGUGACCCUGAGCCACGAGUCGACGGGCCUCGAGACGCGCCUGGAGGCGGAGCGCGGAAGCAUCCGGAGGCUGGAGGCCGUGCUGGGGCUGGUGGAGCGCUUCCAGGGCGGGGAGACGGCGCCCGGGGACGGACCCAGCCUCCAGGAGUGCGCACGCAUCUUUGAGACCCUGCAGACGGAGUACUACGAGGAGUAUAAGACCAUGGGCCUGGGAGACCUGGCUGUGGCCGUGGUCCACCCCCUGCUCAGAGAGAAGCUCCGCACCUGGGACCCUCUGAAGGACAGUUCCUAUGGGCUGGAGGAGGUAGGUCAGUGGAGAGCCAUUCUCGAGUCUGGACAGUUCCACUCCAGUACGCCCGAGACACACAUGGAUCCUUACCACAGGCUAUUGUGGGAGGUGUGGAUGCCGGUGCUGAGGGUGUGUGUGUCGAGCUGGCAGCCCCGUAUGGUGGGCCCCAUGGUGGACUGUGUGGAGGUGUGGGCCCCUCUCCUCCCUCUCUGGACACUGGAUCAUCUGCUGGAACAGCUCAUCUUCCCCCGGCUGCAGAGAGAGGUGGACAACUGGAACCCUUUGACGGACACGGUGCCCAUCCACUCCUGGCUCCACCCCUGGUUGCCUCUGCUCCAAUCACGGCUGGAGCCUCUAUACCCGCCCAUCCGUAGUAAACUGGCCAAUGCCCUGCAGCGCUGGCAUCCGAGCGACGCCUCGGCCCGCCUCAUCCUGCAGCCCUGGAAGGACGUGUUCACGCCGGGCGCCUGGGAGGCCUUCCUGGUCAAAAACAUCAUCCCUAAACUGGCUCUGUGUCUGGGGGAGCUGGUGAUCAACCCUCACCAGCAGCAGAUGGAGCCCUUCCACUGGGUGAUGGACUGGGAGGGCAUGCUGUCUCCCUCCAGCCUGGUCUCUCUGAUGGACAAACACUUCUUUCCCAAGUGGCUACAGGUGCUGUGUUCAUGGCUCAGUAACAGCCCUAACUACGAGGAGAUCACUAAGUGGUACCUGGGCUGGAAGACCAUGUUCAGUGAUGCAGUGUUGGCCCAGCUGCUGGUCAAGGACAAGUUCAACGAAGCUCUGGACAUCAUGAACCGUGCCGUGUCCACGGGCAUGGGCGGGUACAUGCAGCCAGGCGCCAGGGAGAACAUCGCCUACCUCACCCAGACGGAGAGGCGGAAGGACUUCCAGUACGAGGCCCUGCAGGAGCGCCGGGACGCCGAGAGCGUGGCCCAGAGGGGCAUCGGCGCCAGCCUGCCCACCAACUUCAAAGACCUGAUCCAGACCAAGGCCGAGGAGAACAACAUCGUCUUCAUGCCUCUGGUGGCCAAGCGGCACGAGGGCAAGCAGCUGUACACGUUCGGGCGCAUCGUCAUCUACAUCGACCGAGGGGUGGUGUUCGUGCAGGGGGAGAAGACCUGGGUGCCCACGUCGCUGCAGAGUCUGAUCGACAUGGCCAAGUGAGGGGCAGGGAGAAUAAAAAUCCACGUGUUGUGUAUUUGUUGCUUUUGUUUGGAAUAAAUGUAUGAAAGACGUCUCUGGAACCAUGAAUAAAAACCUUUUUUUGACUUUUGUA